AAAGAAUAUGAUGUAUAUAUGUUCAAAGGACUUGUGUAUUAACUGUUGUGUACUGGGUUUGUUCAAGUGCUUUAAGAUUCACCCAGUAUCUAUCUUUUGGUUAAGUCUGAGUUUGUGUUGAGCUCUGUGUUGUUUGUCUGUGUAUUGUCUGUGUGUGUGGAAAGACUAGCUGUAAUUCACUGUGGUAUUCAAUUCUACAGUAAACUGACCUGACAUUGGAAGAGGUGUGUGUGAGGGUUUCUUUUUUAUAUAUAUAAUAAUUCUUUAUAAAGUGAUAUUCACUCAAGGGUAUGUGUUUUAUUAAUGGGUUUUAUAAUUCUGAAUGGGAAUUUUAAUGAUCGAGUUCUUCAGAAAACAUUACGUUACUCUGAAUGUAGAGCAAAGCGGGGGUGCUCGCAGUUUACAGAGCACAGGGGCGCGUAGCAAGGCUACUGUGGGACCAAACGGCGUGAAGUGUGAAUUUCACUUGCCUUUAUUUGUGUUGCUAGCCAUGUGAAUAUCUCAGUACGUGCAAAAAUGGAUUCCUCUAUUAAUAUUAUUAUGAGAGUUCCUACGCUGCCCUGCUCUCCUCCCAGCUGCUUGGUCUCAACAGAGCGCUUUGUGCACUUCUGCAGUAAAGGCUGCUGUAAACUAAGACUCUUGACUCUGGUUAAUGUAAUGUUUUCUGAAAGUACUGGAUUUAUUUUAGAAUUUUCCAAAAAGGGUAUUUAUAUAUGUAUGUGUAUUUUUAUUGAUUGAUUUGGGAAGUUGUGGUUUCUUGCCCUCCUCUGGAGAGAAUGUCUUGUAUCUGGUUUCUAUGACACUAAAGGACUCCUGUCCUGCUUGUGAGUUUUGGGGUUUUAUAUUUUCUUGGGGAGGGGGUGGUGGGGAGGGAGUUGCUGUAACUCUCACACUAACUGCCUCCUCUCUUCCCCUUUCCUCCCCCUCUCCCCCUCUCUCAGCUGCGUACAAGCACGCGGACGGGAAGAAGAUAGACGGGCGGCGAGUGCUGGUGGACGUGGAGAGGGGCCGCACUGUCAAGGGGUGGCAGCCCCGCAGGCUGGGUGGGGGUCUAGGUGGCACUAGAAGGGGAGGCGCCGAUGUGAACAUCAAGCAUUCGGGCCGCGAUGACACCUCACGAUACGAUGAAAGGGAUCGCGAGAGAGGAGACAGCAGGCAGCCGGAGAGAAGCCUGAGACCUGCUUUCUUCACUCCCCCUCCCUCAACUCCCACUGCUAGGAAUCGAGGGGGCGGAGUCAGUGUUUGUAGCAGUAGCACCCUGGCAGGGCACAGCAGCUCAGACCUGCACGAUCAGCACACAGCCACAGCAUUCAGGUAAGGCGUUGAAGAAUACUGGGCUUUAUUCUCAGACUACUGUAAAUGACGUUGCGUGUUACUGGAUCCUAGCCUUGCACUAGCAAUAUUACACACUGUACUGCUCCAUAACACCUGCAAGUCACCUGAAAUACAGGGGCUGCAAAAUAAAUAUAUCAUAAUCUUAAUUUAAGAUUAGUGGGCUUGAUUCUCAGACUAGUGUAAAUUGCAUUCCUAUCUGAAGUCAGUAAGACUUUACAGCAGGUGUCUCUGAUCACAGUGUAUGACUAGGGCGACACAAACAAAGGAGGAGUGGCAAACACUGUUGCAGCAGCAAAGGUCAUUCAAAAUGAACUAGACAAGAUUCAG